AUGGCCAGUGGUGAUCAAAUGCCCAAACUGAAUCUGGAAAAAGAUAAAGUUGAUCGAACAGUGAUUGAUUACAUCAAAAUUGUUGAAGCCCAGAACCGGGCUCGUGUUGAAAAGUUACGCCGCAUUCGAAGAAAUAACCUGAUCACAGCAUUCGGAUUGGGUGUUGGAGUUCUAUCCAUUUACGGGUAUUCGAUAUAUUCUGUGAGCCAGGAGAAGUUCCUGGACGAUUUCGAACGCCCUGCAAUUAAGAACUAA